AAUCGACCAUUUGAUUUUAAAUUGAUUUCAUUGGUUGAGCCUCACCCCGUGAUAUACAUGAGACAGAUACCUGGAAUGUCCUCCUUUGAGAUAAUGAAGACGAAAAACAAAGUCUGGCAAGAAAUUGCCAAUGAAAUGGGUUGUCAAGUUCAAUUUUGUUUAAGUCGAUGGAACAAUUUAAGAGGACAAUUUCAAAAAGAGCUUAAACAUUGUAAUGAGCUUUGCCCCAAAAGUGGUGUGAUUCGUGGUUCUACCUGGCCAUACUUGGAUAGAAUGCGGUUUCUGGAAUGCACCGUACAAGCCUACAAACCAAAGAAGGAAAGAGAAAGAAAACGCAAACCAAAGGAAAUUCCCGACUUGUUGCAAGAAACCAACAAUUUCUGGGAAUCCGAUGACUCCAAUUCGAAAAUGACUGAUGACAAUGAAGACAAUGAAGAAAACGAUAUGGGAAGCGACUUCCAUAUCGAACUGCAAACAACUGAGCACGAGGAAACCCAUCAAUUGGAAGAACAAUUUUCUGAUUCUUUUUCGAUAAUUGAAGAAAUUGCCGAGGAGAUUGUGGGCACAGAGGAUACCAUUGUCGAAGAUACUACAGAUACUAUUAGACGAAUUGAAGCGCUUUACAUGGGAUUUGAUGGUGAACCAAGAGAACGCAUUGAAAGAAGGAUUCUAGCAUUUCUAUGUAAAUGCCAAUUAAGAGCUUUAAACAAUCAAGGCAUAGAAGAUUUAUAUAUUUAGGAAGCAUUAGUAUUUAUAACGUAUUGAAUUAAUUUCUAAAAAGCACCUCAUCAUCAUAUACCUCGAGCCGUAAAACAAAAAUACGCAUGGUAUCAGAAUAACAACAACAGCAAGAGUUGUUUUACAACAAUUUAAAACAUCAAACAUAUGAAAAUUUAUUGGUAGAAAGUAAAAAAAAAACGUCGCCUGUGAAAUCAAAUCUUAAUGUAAAUAAAGGAAAACUACGCAUUCAAAAGCGCAUUUCCAAUAAAUAUCAUUAUCGUACUAGGCUUGCUUCCAAUGACUACAACAAUGUAAAAUAUAUUCCCUUAAUUAAGAAAUACAUUUUAUUUAGAUAAUUCAUUUUUUCACCAAUUUCAAUUUUACUACAUUUCAUUGACGAUUCAUAUUUACUAGAAAUAAUUCAUAAUACGAGUUGUCAAUGUCAUACAUUGUUCCAGAAUCUGCAUGCAUUUAAAAAUGUUACUUCGAUAACCGAUUUCUCUUUUAUGAUAAUUGUUACUGGAACAAAAAAGAAAAGCAUGGACAAAUCAAUGAGGUAACGUCUCUCAAUCGUAUGUUUACAUUUUUUUAAUUAUACUAUUGACAUCUCAUUGUUAAAAUACGUAUAUGUUCAAAUCAGAGAUGGGAUCCUGUCAAGGUAACAAAUAUAUGGCUGUUGUUGAAUUGUAAUAGUUGUAGUUUAGGUUAAACUUUUUCACAAUUCUACCCAUGUAAGAAUAAUAAGACGUUGUUAAAAAUAUAGUUUUGAAAAAAAAAAAAAAUGUUGACAUAUGAUUGUCUGACGUUACCUUCUUAAUAUUACCAUAAAAGUACGACUAUAUUGAACGAAUUGUCGCCCUUUCUUUACCGCGAAAAAAACGUUUUUUUAUGUUUUUUCAUCCAGAUGGCAUUUAAGAGAAGUUCCAUGUGUAACAAAAUGUAUAUGUCUAAUGUACAACAAAAAAUGAAAAUAAUGGCCUGUUUCUCUAAGCCAAUCGAAAAGCUUCAUUCGUUUCCUGUUCUGCAAGUGUCUGUUUCUGUUUUCUACCCAAAAUGGUGACUAAAAUCGUCAACUCAAAAAUAAAACAUAAGCGAUUUUUAAUAUAAUAGGUAUCAGUAAAUGCGUUCAUUCGAAAUCGAAUAUUUAAUUCAAUCACAUAUAUAAACAUGCUUGUAGUUUGUUUUAUAGUUUUCAAUUUUACUUGUUUAAUAACUCGUAUUUUACUUUAAUUUUUUAAAAUUAGCGAAUAGUACAAUUCAGAAAACAACUUAAA